CUGAAGUCUAGGCUGAAGAUUCAGACAGCAAACUACCAGACUUAGGGAAGAAAUCUACUCUGCUUUCUCCUUAAUAUCAUUGGAGCAAACCAAGACAGGAACUUGACCUCAAGGAGACAGAUUCGGCCCAAUGUCUUCAAAGAAGUUGACACAUGAGCAAUUGGCAAAUUCUCUGCAAUAACUUCUUGAUGAAGAAUUGAAGAAGUUUAAGAGUAAACUCACCUAUGUUGAUUUGAAAAAAAAAUUUAAGAAUAUUCCCGGGGGAAAAUUAUGGAAGCUGAUACUAAAGAUCUUGCUCAAAUCCUACUCCAACAUUAUGUGUCAGAUUAUGCUGUAAAAGUUACCACAAAAAUCCUGAAAAAAAUUCAUCACAGAUGUACGACUGAGAUGCUUUUAGAGGAAAUCCUCAAAGCAAAAAGUGAAUAUAGAAAGAACAAGAAAGAUGAUGGUGAAACAGAUGAGGAUGAUGAUGAAACAGAUGAAGAGGAGGAUGAGGAUGAUGAAACUGAUGAAGAAGAAUCAAGUGAUGAUGAUGAGGAGGACAACAAUGACAAUGAUGAUAGUGAUUACAAUGAUGACAGUGAUGAUGACGAUGAUUAAAGGGAAAAAAAGUUU